AUGUCUCGACUUCAACGUACUAGUUCUGUCUCCAGUAAUGGUGCAGAGCUUCAUGCUGGUGGCGAAGGAGCUGAGAUUGCAACUAAGAGUCGUGAAGUUAUUGAUGGACUCAAAAAACUCUACUCAACAAAACUCAAGUCACUAGAAAAGCGCUAUGACUUCGGAGACUUCCACUCACCGCUACUGAGUGACGCUGACUUUGAAGCAAAGCCACAAGUUCUCAUGAUUGGACAGUACUCUGUUGGCAAGACUUCAUUUAUUGAGUAUCUUCUCGGCAGACCCUUUCCUGGCCAACGAGUUGGACCAGAACCCACAACAGAUCGCUUUGUCGCUGUAAUGCACGAAGAUGAGGAACGUACGAUCCCUGGUAAUGCAGCUUGUGUGUCACCAGAUCUGCCAUUUGGUGGGUUAUCCAUGUUUGGCACCGCUUUUCUUAAUAAAUUUGAAGUUGCACAGCUUCCUGCUCCCUUGCUCGAACAAUUAACAAUUGUGGACACACCUGGAAUUUUAAGCGGUGAAAAGCAACGUAUUUCUCGUGGUUAUGACUUUACGCAAGUAGCGCGUUGGUUUGCUGAGCGAUCCGAUCUCAUUCUCUUGCUCUUUGAUGCGCAUAAACUUGAUAUUUCAGAUGAAUUUCAGCGUGUAAUUGAAGUAUUGCAAGGCCAUAGUGAUAAGGUGCGCUGUGUGUUAAACAAGGCCGAUCAAGUCGACCAGCAACGUCUACUUCGCGUUUAUGGCGCUUUGAUGUGGUCUUUGGGUAAGGUGCUUAAAACCCCAGAGGUUAUGCGUGUGUAUCUUGGCUCAUUUUGGGCUCAACCACGUCAAAAACAUGGUGACGAUGGUAGCGGUAGCACUCCAGAAGCUCUUUUUGAUGCUGAAGAGCGUGACUUGCUAGAUGAAUUGCGAGCUUUGCCACAGCAUGCUGCUGUUCGCCACCUACGCGAUAAAAUGCCAGCAGUUUUUGGAAUGGAGAAGAAACAGCGCGAAUUGCUCGAUAAUAUGGCUGAGAAUUUCCGUGAAGUGCAGCGUAAAUACCACUUACCACCAGGAGAUUUCCCACCAAUUGACAUGUUUGUACGUCAAUGUGCGGACCGCAAAUUUACGAAAUUCCCUUCUUUGAAAACACGUGAGCUACAGGAUAUUGACGAUAUGCUGACAAAAGAUAUUCCUGCUUUGAUGGCAUCAUUGCCUAAGCAUUCUCGCGUCGGUGUUGCUGGUGUGGAGAAUGUUCCUGGUGCAAACACAUUGAGUAAUAAUCCAUUUGCGACCAUAGUGGCUGUCGGAAGAAAAGAGUGGGAAGAGGUAUUUCAGGGGCGCAAGGCAGAAUAUGACGCUAUUUUUGCUACGCUGUCAUUAAAUGCUAAUGGACGAGCCUCUGGUGUAUGUUGCAUGGCACCGCUGCAGCAACAGGCCUCGGCAAUAGUUUCACAAGAAACACUACGAAGCAUUUGGGAUCUCGCUGAUCAGUCAAAGACAGGAAGUCUGGAUGCCGAUCAAUUUGCUGUGGCCAUGCAUCUAUGCAAACUAGCUAAACAGGGUGAAGUAGUACCAUCAGAGCUUCCGGAAUCACUUGUGCCACCAAAUGAUAAAGACCUGCCGCAAUUUGGAUCACCUCUUCAAGCUAGCGCACUUCGCCGACCUGCACAUGUUUAA